GGAGGCUGGACGACAUUCGGGCCGCGGCGGCCGCUGGGUGCAGCCGGGCGGUGUGGAGUGGAAAGAGCACUCGAAGGGCUCCCCUGAUACUAACAGUUCUACGAUUUAAAACUCCGCCAGAAUUUAGACAGGAUCUCACUAUAUUGCCCAGGCUGGUCUCGAAUGCCUGGCUUCAAGUGAUCCUCCCGCCUCAGUCUCCCAAAGUGCUGGGAUUACAGGCUUGAGCCACCACACCUGGCCUCACUCGAACAGUAAACGAGGUAUGUGAUGCAUUCCAGGUUCUCCAUCCAACUCAGCAUCAGCUACUUCACAGCAACUGGGUCCUGAUUAAUGUUCUCCCAAGACAGACUUCACUGGAUCUUCGCUCAAGACGACUCUGCCAGGUUUUUCUGACCCCUCUACAUUGCUAUAAAGUGUCAAGGCCUUAAGACUUGGGUACGUGUAUUACAACGGCAAGAGUGCCAGCACCAACAAAAGACCCAUUGGACCUGUCAGCUCCUCUGUUUCACCAAGCAGACACAAUAACCUUCCCAACAAAGCAGAGUAAGCCAAGUGCCUCUGUGUGACACCACCAGCAGCUGAUAACGCAUAAGAAAAAUAUAACUAAUUUAAACUAGAGCCCUAUCUCUUCUUGAGAAGCUGGGAUUUGAAGGAGCUAUCCUGAGAUCUGUACUGCUAUCACUGUAUAUAUGCCUUAUUUCCUGGGUCCAUGGGAAGCAUGAGUCUGUUGGGACUUGGGACAAGAAGAAAACAAGACAUCUUCACAAGGAAAACCAAGCACUAAAAAAAGUAUCCCCCCAACUCUGGAGAGAGAGAACACAAACAUGGCUGACAGUGGACUUAGGGAGCCUCAAGAGGACUCUCAAAAGGAUUUGGAAAAUGAUCCAUCAAUAAAUCCUCAGGCACAAGAGACCACAAUCACACCAAGUACUGCUGAAGAAGCUCAGACCCUACACCCUGCCGCUGGUCUUAGCAAAGGCCACCAAGACAUAGAGACAAUAGGUCCGGAAAGUGUAGAUACAGGUGAUAAAUCAGAAAGUCCAGAUGAAGCAAAUGUGCGGAAACAUCCAAAGGAUCAAACAGAACAUGAGAACAGCCAGAGUUUUCUGGAUGGUGAAAAAGGGCAUCACCUCCCUUCAGAAAGUCUGAGUGAAGAACCCUUGGAUCCAGAUCCCAGCCAUUCUCCAAGUGACAAGUUAGGACGAGCAGAUGCACACUUAGGGAGCAGCUCUGCAGCCCUCCCUACGGAAGUGACUGACGGAAUGGGAGCAUCUCAGGAACCACCUGCUGGAGACCCCCAGGAAGCCCAGAGUCCCGGUCAUUCCAGUGCAGGGCAAGAGGGCAAGGAUACCCUGAGGAGGCGACUGCUGGCCCCCGAGGCUGGAAGUCAUCCACAACAAACACAAAAAUUGGAAGAAAUUAAAGAGAAUGCACAGGACACCAUGAGAAAGACUAAUAAAAAGAGUAUUUGGAACUAUGGCCCUGUCUUUCUUUGCCUCCUGGUUGGGGCUGUUGUGCUACCUUCUGUGUAUAGCUACUAUUUCUCUCCAGCCCAGCAAGUGCCCAAAAAUCCAGCUUUGGAGGCCUUUUUGGCCCAGUUUAGCCAAUUGAAAGAUAAAUUUCCAGGCCAGAGUUCCUUUCUGUGGCAGAGAGGACGGAAGUUUCUCCAGAAGCACCUCAAUGCUUCCAACCCUACGGAGCCAGCCACCAUCAUACUUACAGCAGCUCGGGAGGGAAGGGAGACCCUGAAGUGCCUGAGCCACCAUGUUGCUGAUGCUUACACCUCUUCCCAGAAAGCCUCUCCCAUUCAGAUUCACGGGGCUGGAAGAACCUGGCAGGACAGUGAUACAGUCAAGCUGUUGGUUGACCUGGAGCUAAGCUCUGGCUUUGAGAAUGGCCAGAAGGCUGCUGUGGUCCACAACUUCGAAUCCUUUCCUGCCGGCUCCACUUUGAUCUUCUACAAGUAUUGUGAUCAUGAGAAUGCUGCCUUUAAAGAUGUGGCCCUGGUCCUCACUGUUCUGCUAGAGGAGGAAACAUUAGAAGCAAGUGUAGGCCCAAGGGAAACUGAAGAAAAAGUGAGAGAUUUACUCUGGUCCAAGUUUACCAACUCUGACACUCCCAGCUCCUUCAACCACAUGGACUCAGACAAAUUGAGUGGGCUGUGGAGCCGAAUUUCACACUUAGUACUACCGGUCCAGCCAGUGAGGAGCAUAGAAGAACAGGGGUGCCUUUUCUAAAGCUAAGCACAGAGUUGGUUACAGAAGGUAUAUACGUUUAUGAAAAAGUCUGUUUAAAGGCCUUCCAUUUAUAUAGAAGGGGGUUGAUAAAAUAGAUUGAGGAAAUAGCCUGAAAAACACAAAUGAGCUUAUUUUAGAAACAAGUUUUUAUUUUUUACUCCUUAUAAAAUCUUUCUAAUGUAAGCCUUGACAAAGGUAAAAAUUAACCUAACUUCUUUUCUUUGCCUUUUGGACCAAAUCAGGUUUGAAAUAUAGGAUGAUAUAUAUGAGAAUUUUUUAAAAAAUUCUAAAAUAUAGCACCAUUGCACAGGAGAUACUUCUUAGAGUAACUACAGAGUGAUUUUUUUGAUUGUUUUUUUGAGUGAGACUCUGAAGAGCCUUUUGGAUAGUGUUUAGACUUGACUAAAGCAAUUACAAUUAUGAAGCAAUGAUAAUUUUUAGAAAAUUUUUCUAUCACAUGUUGAAUAUUUUCAAACGUCACUUUAAUAAUCUAAAGUUAAGGGACUACAUCUUAUAUUAAUUGUACAGUUUUGAGUAUAAAACAAGGAAAUAAGGAUUCAAACCAUUAAGUACGUACCUAAAUACUACAUGUAAGACACUGUGCUUUUAUUCCAUUGAGCUGAGGUAUAAGCACCUGUACUCAAAAAACUUUCUUAAAAAUGAGAACCAUUGGGGAAAUUGGGGUUUAUAAUCAUUGGAAAUGAAGAAAUUCCAAUUGGCUGUAUCUUUACUUCAGCUUUUCUUGAACGAUUUACAGCAGUGAUUUUCAAACUGUGUCUACUGGCACCCUUCCCCCUUUUAUCAGGGCAGUUCUGCUUUUAACUGUUUUAUAUGUUGGGGUUCGCUGUGAGAUUUCAUUGCAACAAAGAGCUUCACUGAUAAUGAAGUUCGAAAACCAUUGAUUAAGUGAGAAAACAUCUUAGAAGAUAGGAAAUAUGUAAAAAAAAGAAUGUAUUAAAUCUUAUGGGUAGGAAGCUGAAAUACAGGUUUAUUGUAUAGAUACAUUAUUUAUGAAUGAUAAAGAUCUAAUAUGAACAGCAGAAUGUAUAAGCUAGCAUUUACUAGCAUGUUUCUGAUGCUUUUGUUCAUUUCUGUUAAUUGUCAUCUCUGUCUCCUCUGCAUGGAAUUUUAUACUUCUCUGGGGUGAGAGUUUGUAGGCUCUUUCAGCAGAACAGAUUUUUAAUAACCAUUUUUAUUUUUAAAAUUUAUUUUUGAACCAAUUUAAUAGUAAAUUUUAUAUGAACACUUGGCAUAACUUUACCAAACAGCUUAUUUCUAUGCAGUGAUGGAACAUUAUAUAAUGCAGCUCUUUCUUGACCAACUAGUUAUAGAAGUACCAUUAGGUUAAAAAUUAGAGAAAUGCAAGAGAUGGUAUACUUAAUGAGAGGAAGCAGAAAUGGUAGGUAAUUCUCAGAGGUUUUGAUAGUCAAUACUGAUUGCUAGACCAUGUUCUGUGAUUGUAAGAAAGACUGAAAACAGUGUGUAUGGAGACAGUAGUUGUUGAUUAGCAUUUAAGCUCUGAAAGCAGAACUCUAGUAAAAUGAUCUUGACCUAACAAAGGGUCUGUUCUAUUAUAUGGACUAUUAUAAUCCUGGAAUGUUUAAACUGGGUUUUGGCCUCUUUGUUGUAUGAGAUCAUAUGUAUAUAUCUAAGAAGUCAUGAUUAAAGUAUGGGAAGAUUUUAGGAAACACUAAGAAGAUAGAGGGAUCUUUACUGAUAUCUAAAAAAAAUUAUACUUGAGUAAUUACUCAAUUGAGUGUAGGGGCAUACCUGAAGGAAGAAUUUGCAUUUGGGACUUUGAAGGGAUCUUCCAAGAGAUUUGGGAAAGACCUGAACAAAAAGUGAAAGCAUGGGGAAUGUAAAUCAAUGUCAAUCCAAUAUGAAAGCAGAGGAAAUUGAAGGAAAAUCUAUAUACCAAAUUUUUGUCUUUCUAGAUCUUAGAUGCUAGCAUUUCAUUACAUCCACAAAACCAGUGUUGCCUUGUAGAACUGUCCUAUUGGCCUGCUGACCUGUGCUACCUCAGAUCUGUAAAGGAACCAGUGUGAUGCAUAUUCUUGUUUCUUCAUUCAGUUGGAUAUGGUUUUCCAUCAUUUCCUUUCAAAAUUUAGAAAAAUAAAUUUCUAA